AUGUGCGGAAGAAACCUGUUGAGACAGUUGGAGUGGUUAACCUGUGACAAUGAUGGAUAUGUUAUUAGUCUUGACCUUAGUGAAGAAUCAAUCCAUGGUGGAUUUGACGAUUCAACUAGACUUUUCAGUCUUCAGUAUCUUCAGAAACUGAAUUUGACUGCAAACAAUUUUAAUUCUUCCAUUCCAUCAGGAUUCAGCAAGUUGGAGAACUUAACUUAUUUGAAUUUGUCAGAUGCUAGAUUUGUAGGACAGAUUCCAAUUGAGAUUUUUCAAGUCAAAGGGUUAGUAACCACCGGGAUAAGAGCCGAAACAUGA